CGUUGCUUUUCUCAGUCCCCAAAUCUAUUUCUACAGCCUCCUCAUCCGACGAAACGUAAAAAACCCUUUUCGAUCGGAAAGUUCAAAAUUUUCUCUCUUUCUUGUCUAUUGGUAUUGGAUAGAAUCGUUACUGGGUUUGGACGUGCAUAGUUAUGGCUUCAAGAACUGCGACCAAAGACAUUAUCACUCUGCGUGGUUCCGCGGCUAUCGUCAGCGAGUUCUUCGGAUAUUCAGCGAACAGUAUUCUGUACAAUCGAGGAGUGUAUCCUGAAGAAAGCUUUGUAAAGGUGAAGAAAUAUGGGCUGCCCAUGUUGCUUACUCAAGAUGAAGGCCUCAAAUCCUUCAUCGCCAACCUAACUGCUCAGCUUUCUGAAUGGCUGGAAUCUGGCAAGUUACAGAGAGUUGUUCUGGUCAUACUGAGCAAGGCGACUAAUGAGGUUCUAGAGAGGUGGAACUUCAGCAUUGAGACUGACAAUGAGGUCGUUGAGAAGGGGGAGUCGAGGGAAAAGAGUGACAAGGAAAUCAUGAGGGAGAUUCAAGCAAUCAUGAGGCAGAUUGCUUCAAGCAUUACUUACUUGCCGUGCCUUGAUGAAGCCUGUGUGUUUGAUGUUUUGGCGUACACGGAUAAAGAUCUUGCAGUCCCAUUCACUUGGGUCGAGAGUGACCCCAAACUGAUUGCAAAUCCACAAAUUGUGAAAUUGCAUUCCUUUGACACCAAGAUUCACAAGGUUGACACUCUAGUGUCCUACAAGAAUGACGAAUGGGAUGAGCAGUAGCGGAAGGAGAGGGGAGGGGAUAUCCAUGUUUGCUUGACUUUUGGAACUGUGAAUCUUUUAUUCACAUUGGGUUAGAAAAAUUAGUUGGAAAGAGGACGUUGACUUGAUCUUAUCAGUAAGAUGUUUUCUGCCUUGGUGUUUGCUACCAUUGGAUGUUGUAUAAUUUGUACGUGGUGGGAGGAACUUGUGUUUGAGUUGUAUUCAUUUCAUAUAAGACAACUACCUAGCAGUUUUCAUAUACAAAAGGAUCUUGUAGUUUCCGUAUUCUUCAAAAUGCACCACAUAGAUCA